CGCGCCGGCAUCAACUCUCGCGAUCCUCCCCGCGGCAUACGUAUUCCCCAGAAUUCCCUUUCCUUUCUCUGUCUUCCCGCCGACCAAGAUGCCAAAAGGAGAGAAGGCCAAGGGGAAGAAGAUGGCUCCAGGCCCUGCUGUUGUGAAGAAGCAGGAGGCCGAGAAAGUGGCGAAUCCCCUGUUUGAGCCCAGGCCGAAGAAUUUCGGCAUUGGAGGGGACAUGCAACCGAAAAGAGACCUCACCCGCUUUGUUAAAUGGCCCCGUGUCAGGUUGCAGCGGCAGAGAAGCAUCCUGUACAAGCGGCUGAAAGUGCCUCCUGCCAUCAACCAGUUCACCCAGGCCCUGGACCGCCAAACAGCUAUUGAGCUGUUAAAGCUGGCCCAGAAGUAUAGGCCCGAGAGACGGCAAGAAAAGCAGCAGAGGCUGUUGGCCCGUGCCGAGAAGAAAGCUGCUGGCAAAGGGGACGUCCCCACCAAGAGACCACCUGUACUUCGAUCGGGAAUCAACACAGUCACUGCGUUGGUUGAACAGAAGAAAGCCCAGCUGGUGGUGAUUGCACACGACACGGAUCCCAUCGAGCUGGUGGUCUUCUUGCCUGCCCUGUGUCAGAAAAUGGGAGUCCCUUAUUGCGUCAUCAAGGGGAAGGCAAGACUGGGACGUCUAGUCCACAGGAAGACGUGCACCACUGUUGCAUUCACGCAAGUUAAUGAGGAAGACAGAGGUGCCUUGGCCAAGGUGGUGGAAGCUGUCAGGACAAACAGUGACAGAUAUGAGGAGAUACGCCGACACUGGGGAGGCAAAGUCCUGGGUCCCAAGUCUGUGGCUCACAUGGCCAGGCCUGGAAAAAGCAAAGGCCAAAGAACCUGAAAGUGAUUCGGGGUGAAAUGAUGUACAUAGUAGAGUUUGCUGUAAAUAAAAAUAAUUUAAACGAUA